GCAGGGAUGACAGACCGGUUUGCUAUACAUGAACAUAGGCGAAUAUUUGAUACCUCAUACGAGAUGACUUCUUUUUAAAUAAAAAUGUCUGAUCAUCAUUUUAUGUCAAUAGCACUAAAGCUUGCAGAAAGAGGCUUAGGAAAUGUUGCACCUAAUCCUUCUGUUGGUUGUGUUAUAGUUAAAGAUAACGUAGUAAUUAGUGAAGGUUGGACUGGCACUGCACAUGCAGAGGUAGUUGCUUUAAAAAAUGCGAAAGGUUCAGCUCAGGGUGCCACUAUGUAUGUUACUCUUGAACCAUGUUGCCAUUAUGGAGUUACAGGACCUUGCACUUUAGAAAUUAUUAAAUCAGGGAUAAAAAGAGUCGUAGUUGCAAUUAUUGACCCUGAUGAGAGAGUUUCAGGCAAAGGUAUGCAAGAACUAAAAGAAGCUGGAAUUGAAAUUACCUAUGGAGUUAUGCAGGAAGAAGCAGAAAAAUUAAAUGUUGGUUUUUUCUUCACCAAAAAAUUACAUAGACCUUUCAUCACUUGCAAAAUUGCGUCUACUCUUGAUGGAAAAAUUGCAACAUUUACAAAUGAAAGUAAGUGGAUAACAAGUGAAGACACAAGAAAUUGGGUACAUGAAUUAAGAGCAAAAUAUGAUGCAAUUAUGAUCGGAAGCAAUACUCUUAUCCAUGAUAAUCCAUUAUUAACUUGCCGCCUACCAGGGUUUGAAGACAGAUCACCAAUGAGAUUAAUUAUAGAUAGUCAAACAAAGUUGAAAAAAGAACAUAAUAUUGCAAAAACUGCCGACAAAAUCAAGACUUGGGUUAUUACAAAUAAUGAAGUAAGGGAAAAGAUAAAAAAUGUUAAUUAUUUGAUAACUAAUGCAAAUAAGAACGGUAAAAUUUGCUUAAAAGAUAUGGUAUCAAAGCUUGUUUCAGAUAUUGGAAUCACUAGAGUGCUGGUUGAAGGAGGGGGAAUGUUGAUUACAGAAUUAUUGAAACAUCAGCUUAUUGAUAGAUUGAUAAUAUGUCGCAGUGGUAAGAUCUUAGGUAACGAUGCCGUUCCUUGCAUAAGUAAUUUAGGUAUUCAGUCUAUUAGUCAGUGUUACAAGCUUAAAAAAGUGAAAAUCAUAGACUUCGUGGAUGAUAUAGUGGAGAUAUGGGAUUUUUAUACAACCACUUCUUAUCUUUAA